GGGAGAGAAUCAGAGAAGCGGAGAAGAGGAAUAAGAGUGAGAAAGAGAGAGAGAGAAGGAGAGAAUGUCUGCUGAGAGGGUGGCUCUUCCUUGUUCACAAACCGGCCCUCAUUGAGACAUCAUGGGCUGUAUCGGCUCCCGGACCAUCACGGCGGAUGCAGUUCCCGUACGAAAAGAUGGGGAGCAGCAUGGACGUGCCGAGUUUUCCUGGGAAGGAAUCAAUCUGUCCAUGGAGGACACCACCUCCAUCUUGCCAGGUCUGAAGCGGAACUCCAACGCCUAUGGGAUUGGAGCUCUGGCUAAGUCCUCUCUGACAGGUGUGUCAGGGGUUACAAGAUCGAUGAAGGACAAAGUGACCAAGCCCACUGCCAUGGCUCAGGGCCGUGUGGCCCAUAUGAUUGAGUGGCAGAGCUGGGGCAAACCAUCAGCAGGGCCGGAGGGGGGAGCGGGUCGCUCCAAUCUUAAUCGCGAGAGGGAGAGACGGCUUGAAAAUGAUGCCUAUAGUGACUUGAGUGAUGGGGAAAAAGAGGCACGAAUGGCAGCAGGAAUUAUGCAGCAGCUUGUCAUCUCUGAGGCUGCACUUUUAGGCUGGAACUUUAUGGAUGGAGAGAGCCUCUGUGCUGACUCCAACCAAGGCAGUGUAGCUCACCUCAGUGAGGUCAACCAGGAGAGCAUCACCAGCAGAGACCAGCCACUGCAUCAUUCCUCUGCGGAUGUGUGGCCUCACACCUAUGUCUCCCAAGGCCUUUACUGCCUCUCCUCCUCUGAUGCAUGGGAGCCAGUCAGCAACGAGCCCUCUGGCAUGGCCUCUCCUGCUGCUAGCUCAUAUAUCAUGGCAGGCGGGGCAUCGGGAGAGGGUUACGAUGACUCCACCCACUAUUUGACACAGCAGCAGAUGACGUUGCAACAGCAGAACCAAUUACAGCAGUUCCAGCAGUAUCAACAGUACCAGCAGCAACAGCUCCUGCAGUACCAACAGUCUUUGGAACAUCGACUGCACAGCGCCUCCCAUUCCUUACAAGCCACACCCAACAGCACUAUACAUAGUUUGGGCCCGCCCACUCACCCGAGAUUGGCUGAUUUGUGGGCGGCGGCUCAGGUGGAGCCCCAUCAGGUGGAGAUGAUGGGACAAAUGGGCAUCACCAUGGCAGAAAUGGGAAUGGCGGAAGUGUAUGGGGAGGAGUUCAUCCCAGAGAAUGAAUGCAUUCCUGAACAGCAAGAGGAGGAGGAAAUCAAGGAGGAUGAUAUAACAUUAACUCUUGAACCUGAGCCGACAUCCGUAACUCUUGCCCUGACUCCUCCACCUCAGAGAGAAGACUCCACCCCAUCUGGGGACAUAAGUCCGGGACAAGCAUCAACAGAGCCUAUGGCUGAUCAUAUGACCUAUGAGGUCACAUCGUGCAUCGUCAAAUUGCUGGAGGAGAAGAAAGAGGAGGUGGAGGAUGGGGCCAUGUUUGUUGUGGCAACCAACUGACCGUACAAAUCAAAGGACAAUACGGCAAACAAAACGAAUCUGUCUGUGAAAUAAUCAACCAGUUAAGCUAUUGUAAACGCCCUUUUACCCCCGCUGUGUACUCCUAUGGACUGUCUCACGUGGCGAAAGCCAUGACAACAGAUUUAUUCUUUAUUAACCAAUAGUGAUGGAGGACAAGGUGACAGAAUAGACACUCGGAGUGCCGAGGCACACAUAGAGACUAAAUAUGUGUCAAAGCCCGGAUUGAUGCUUUAUGUGCUGCUGUGGACGCUAGAGUUUUAUGGCGGAGGAGAGGUGGAGUCCAAGGACACUUGCAAAUGAAUUUGAAGAGUGCAAUACUGAGAAAUCAAUACAACCAAAAGAAAGUGCAUGCUUUUUUUGAGUAUUUAAGUGACUCUGAACUAACAGUAUACGCAUAGUAAUAAUAUAUAUAUAUUGAUUUUUGUAAAAAAAUUAAAAGCGAAUGAAACAGUAUGUAUUUGUAUGUAUAUAUAAUAUGUAUGUACUGUAUGUAUGGUAGUACGAAUGUAUGAAUGUAUGUGUCUUUAAAGGUAUAUUCUGAAAAACGAAUUUGCCGUUUGGCAAAACUGUUGUGUGAAGUGUCCCCUAUGUACUUUACCUCCAACACACACACAAACACACACACUUACACAUACUGAUGCACACAUAAACACCCUUGAAAACAUGUUUUUGCUCUUUAUAUAAUCAAGCACAAUACUGCCCGACUGGAAACAGUGCUGCCCUUUUCAACAUCCUAACUGUAUUGUUACUAAGACUUAUGCACUACUAUGGACAUAAAUGAAUGUAUUGUCCAUCUUCUUCGGCGACGCCAUAGUUCUGUCCUAAAAGAGAUAGUUCACACAAAAAUGAAAAUUCUGUCAUCAUUUACUCACUCUAAUGCAGUUCCAAACUGUUCAGUGGAACACAAAAGGAGAUUUUAGGUAGAAUUUUAGCCUCAGUCACCUUUCACUUUCAUUGUAUGGAAAAUGGAUGCAUACAAAAUGAAAAUGAAUUGUGAAAAAAAUUUAAAUUGUGACUGAUAUUAACACACUGCCUCCUUUUUGUGUUCCACAGAAGAAAGAAAAUCAUACAGGUUUAGAACAACAUGAGGGUGAGAAGUGAGAAGUGUGAACAAUCCCUUAAAAUGUUUUGUUCUAAUUUUUUUUUUUCUUUUUUUUUUAAUGUCUGUGUUUAUCUGUUUGUGUACUGUCUGGCUGAGCUGCUCAGUGUUGAUUUGCACUGAACAACAUAAAACAACAAAGGCAAACUGAAGAGUUAUCAUCAUUCCAGGAAGUUCCAUCAGUCUUCACGUGCUACAGCAGCAUCAAUGGAGUGAUAUUUUUAAUGUUUUAAUUUUAAUUAGAAAUUUGGAUAUUUUUAAUCUGUUGAGUCUGAAACUACAGGACAUUAAAGGGAAAUCCCGAAGACGACUCUAAUGGAGAGAUACUGUGGAUAUUAUCCAUCCAUUUCCAAGUACUUUUUUUUCUUCAGUCAAGUGGAAAAUAAGGCUGUUGAACUAAUGACAAACUAAUCUGUAUGUAGGAGCCAUAUCAAACCAUUUGCUUCAGAAAUACAUUAGAAAUAUAAUUCAUAACAUCCAUAAUCUUAAAGGGACAGUUUAGCCAAAAAUGGAAAUUCUUUCAUUUAAUCACCCUGAUGUUUUUCCAAACCCAUUUGACUUCCUCUCUUUCGUUGAACACAAAAGGAGAUGUUAGGCACUGACAGUCUCAGUCACCAUUCACUUUCAUUGCAUCUUUUUUCCAUAUGAAACGGGAGCCAGCUGGUAUGUGAUAGCUGUGCGGUAUAUGUAAACCUCACUCCCCUAGCCUCAAGAGAUGCACUAGCGACUGAUGCUAGAGGCUGCUGCCUUUAGCCUCCUUGUUAGCGCAGGCCUCCCAUGCCGGCUAACGCCGGUUCGAAUCCCGCUCGGAGCAGGACCGUUUACACAUACAAUGAAAGUGAAUGGUGACUGAGGCUGUUAUUCUGUCUAACAUCUUUUGUGUUUCUCAUAAUAGGGUAAGUCAUAUGGGUUCGAAACAACAUGAGGAUUUUCAUUUUUGGGUGAUCUAUCCCUUGAAGUAAUUUCUUUCAAACUGGCAUAAAUACAAAGCGAUAAACUCUUAUUACCUCACUAAAAUCAUGUGGUAAUGGGGUGUACAUGACAUGUACAGCAUUAAGCAUUGGUCACUGUAUGUUUUUGUCAUGACCGUAUGACUGUGGACGCAUAGACAGUUAAUGAAUAGAAAAGAAGGUGCUUUUCUGGUUAAUGCUUACAGGCUUUCCACUAAUUAUGUCAUAUUUAAUACACUGUAAUUUAAAUACCCGCUGCAGAAAGAAGUGCCCUCAACUACUAGCGUUAACAUUCAAAUCUUUGUUAGUAUACUGUAUGUACAUUCUGAAAGAAAGAAAAAAAGCAGCAACAGACUGUAAAAUUGUGUUAUGGAUGUGGCAUGUAGAAGGCAUUUGAUUUAGCAAAUAAUAUAUAUUCCUUGAUGAUUUUGAGAGUUUUGCUUUUGGUAAUAAUGCCAUUAUGCAAUGGUGAGGCAACAUUUAGUUUUCUAUACUAAAAAGGUCUGCGAGUUGUCAUUCUUUGUGAUAUUUCUAACAUUGUAUGUAUACAGUAGUAUCAGCAGGAGAGAAUUUUUCACAGGUCUGAUGGGUUGUAUUUGAGAAACUUUGGUCAGAAAGGCAAAUUAGCAUCUAUUUUAUAUAAGGAAAAUAUGCUGUUAUCAGUUCGCAGAUUGAAAUGUCUAAAAGUAGAAGAUCUUUCAUGUUAAUCAAACUACAGUCGAGAGGAAAAAAUGACAAUCUUUAGAAAAUAUUCUCUCAACAUCUUCAAUUACAGAGCGUCUUUGUAAAUGUCCAAAGGAUGGCAAUGUAAACAUCCGAGAGGAAUGAUUACAUGGGGCUAUAACUACUCUGUGAUAUAUGAUACAUUUAGAACACACUCAGAAUGGGGAAGUUAUACAUUGAAAUAAGAAAGGAUUCCUGAUCAUGGAAAAAUAAAGCUAGGUAGCCAGCAAUUUUGCAUUUUCCUUCAGCUUCAUUCAGUGUGUCAUCCUGUAUCAUCAUAUUCGAAUCAUGUGCAUUUUAAUGGGCUGUAAAUAAAAUCAUUAUUGUGAAUGA